UAAGGGGGUGUGGUGCGCGCCGCCUUGCUGCUUUUCGAAAGACGAAGUGAAGAGAUGAUGGCUCCUGUCUUCGAAGUGUCUUUCGCUUUUCCGACUCUAUGGCCGGGCGUAUAUGCUUUUCGGUUUGGAAUGGCGUCGCGAGAUACUACACUCUGCUAAAACUUCCGGACUGAGACGACAGCGUCACCGGACAUGUUCUCAGCGGACGGGUACUACUCACCACCAAAGGAAAAACACGAGCGCCUCAGACCGUGGCUUUGGGUGAGGAAACCCAGGGUAGUAUUAGAAGCGCAACACAUCAUCGCAUGAGCACUUCGUUUCGACUUCCCCCUCACAAUACACAUCCCCAAUUUCCACGCGACGAGAACAGCAGUAGAACCUCAGCCAAACCAACCAGCACAGCCCUUCCAAGUUCCAGAAAUCGCCGCGGCACUAGAUCCGCAGCAAACAAACCAUCUCUGCAAUCGCAGCAGCAGCUAAAUUCUAGUCAUGUAGACGAACUACCGCCACCGAGGACGCGCCUACGCAACAUCAAACAAUCCAAACCCAAACGUCCCCAAGCCGCCAACGAAGCGAUAUCUUCGCAACCAAAAGCCGAGCCCGUGAGGACACGGAGGCAUUUCCCUGCUCAUGCUGCACUUCCAGAACGGCGGAACGGAGAAGGGACGAACAACGCAACCUCCAGCGGCUGGCAUCACGCGCGGAUUCCACGACUUUGAAAGGCAGCGGUGCCGAGCCAUGGAAUCUAAAUAGUGUCGAGAACAAGGCAACGAAGAGGAAAAAUUGGCGUUUUAAGAGUCGAUGCGGUGUCG